CCACCGUCUUCUAUCUGAUGAGAAUGAAAGAAAAUUAUUGAUUAUUUGAUCCAUCCACUGACUCAUUAAACUACUAAAAGUCUAAAACACACAACAAAAAUUCCACCUUUCUCUCUCUUCCCCUCUAUUCCAAUUUCAUCUAAAUUCCCACUUCCCAUUUGCUUUGUUUCAUCCAAAUUAUGCAACUUUUUAUGCAAAUUCUCCACCGAUGAGAACUCACUUCCAGAAAUCCUUCUUGAUCAUACGUUUGAGACCUGAGAUUUGCUAGUCAAUUGUAUCAUUGAGAAGUGUUAGGCAUUUUAUUCUGCGAAGUUCGGGCACUGCAUAAGGUGUGGCAGUGCCCAUGGAUGCUACUACAAGUGGAACCCCAACUAUCCAAUACCAUAACAUCAAUGACCAGCAAAUCACUGCCAUUGUUGUUGCCGCACCAUUACCAAUAUUUCAAAGGCAGCAACGUCAUUGCUUCGGGGGCUCCGGUCCCGGAGAGUUUCCCUUGUCUGCUAAUCCCUCAAUUGUCCUUCAUGUCCUCACAGCAUGUAAUUUGGAUCCUCAGGACCUUGCUAAAUUGGAGGCAACAUGCUCAUUCUUCAGGACGCCAGCAAACUUUGCUCCGGAUUUCGAAUUGUCCUUGUCUGAGCUAGCUGCAUUGGACAUGUGCCAGAAGAGAGUGAUCUUUAAGCCAAUGUCAAUAGAACAGAGGCAAUAUUUGAAGCAGAGAUGUGGGGGUUCUUGGAAAUUGGUGCUGAGGUUUUUGAUAGCUGGAGAAACAUGUUGCAGGAGGGAGAAAUCACAGGCAAUAGCAGGUCCUGGUCACAGCAUUGCUGUGAACUCAAAAGGGAUUGUUUAUUCAUUUGGGUCCAAUGGUUCAGGACAACUUGGGAAUGGCACCACUGAAGACAUGUGGCAACCUCAACCGAUCAGAGCUCUGCAAGGCAUUCGAAUUAUACAAGCUGCGUCUGGGGCUGGAAGGACAAUGUUGAUCAGUGAUGCUGGCCAGGUUUAUGCAUUUGGCAAAGAUUCAUUCGGUGAAGCUGAGUUUGGGACUCAAGGAUCUAAGAUGGUUACAACUCCACAGUUAGUUGAGUCUUUGAAAAAUAUAUUUGUUGUUCAAGCUGCUAUUGGAAACUUCUUCACAGCUGUAUUGUCAAGAGAAGGCAGGGUGUAUACGUUUUCUUGGGGUAAUGAUGGCAAACUCUGUCACCAUACUGAUCCAAGUGAUGUAGAACCUCAUCCUUUAUUAGGAGCUCUUGAACAUAUACCAGUUGUCCAAAUCGCUGCCGGAUACUGCUACCUACUUUGUCUGGCAUGUCAGCCCAGUGGAAUGUCAGUGUACUCUGUUGGGUGUGGCUUGGGUGGGAAGCUUGGACACGGCACAAGAACUGAUGAGAAGUAUCCUCGUUUGAUUGAACAGUUCCAGAAGUUACACCUUCAGCCGGUGGCGGUUGCUGCUGGUGCUUGGCAUGCUGCUGUGGUGGGGCAGGAUGGCCGAGUUUGCACAUGGGGGUGGGGCCGUUAUGGUUGCUUAGGUCAUGGAAACGAAGAAUGUGAAUCAACACCUAAGGUGGUGGAAGCAUUGAGCAAUGUCAAGGCAGUCCAUGUUGCUACAGGAGAUUACGCAACCUUUGUCGUGUGUGAUAACGGCGAUGUCUAUUCAUUUGGUUGUGGGGAAUCUUCUAGUCUCGGCCAUAACCCUGGAAAUGAUGAUCAGGGCAACAGGCAAGGGAACGUGUCGAGUCCAGAGCUUGUCGCUUCCCUGAAAGAGAUCAACGAACGGGUGGUACACAUUAGCCUGACGAAUUCCAUAUACUGGAAUGCUCAUACAUUUGCGCUAACAGAAUCAGGGAAGCUGUAUGCUUUUGGGGCUGGAGACAAAGGACAGCUCGGAGCCGAGCUUGUUGGCGACGAAACUGAAAGAGGAAAACCGGAACGGGUUGAUAUCGAUCUUGGUUAACUUGCGCGCGCAGGGGAACGCUCCAUUGUUCCACAAUUGAUUUGCACCAUGCUGUCCUUUAGUUAAGAUUCGCCAUGCAUGGCAUUUAGGUGUUUAAAUGCCUUUGUUUAUUGUGUAAAUAGAAUCAAAGUAUGCAGUUUAAAGGUAACUUAGGUUAAUUUAUCUACUCUUUUUUAUGUUGUUGAUAUGAAGUCUUAGAGAUUCAGUUUCAACAAGGUGCUCAUAGUUUGAUCUUCACUCUAUAAUUGGUUUUUCUAGAUCAUGUAUGCUUAGAGAAAUUGUCAUGAUUCUCAUGCUUUCCGCGAUCCAGUGCUUCUCCCAGUCCUCCAGAAGACUAUGUUCUCGGCUC